UCACCGCCACCAUAUCCGUUUUGUUUUGCGCUUGGUCGAGGGAUCAAACCCACGACCCUCCGAUCUCAGGCCGGUCCAAAGUCCAAAACCGCACUCUUAACUUGCUGCGCCACGGCUGCCCCCCAUAUUUUGACAUCUCAAGCUUAUUGUCUGCUGAGGCAUGGUAUUCCACUCUUCUUGAAGGGCUGCCCUCAGGUCAUUGAGGUUCUGGGUUGCAGAGUUACAACCCUCUACACAACGACUCAGGUGAUCCCAUAGGUUUUCUAUGGGAUUCAGGUCUGGAGAAAGUGCAGGCCACUCCAUUUGAGGGACCCCAACCUCCAGCAGCCGUUCUCUGAUGAUGUGACCUUGAGGAGCUGGGGCAUUAUCGUCCAUGAAGAUGAAAUCAGGCCUGUGUUGCUCAUACAGAGGCACAAUGACUGGAUUAAUGAUGUUAUUCAGGUAGUAUUGGCCAACAGUGUUGGCGGCCAUAAUUCAUUUCAUCAGGCCCACUGGUUCCUGGUCCAGCACAAAUGCUCCCUGGUCCAUGCAAGACAAUGAUAACUAUGCCUGGUGGUGUGAUCAGGUGCCCUUGCAGGUCAUCUACCACGCAGGCCAUGCUGGGUGCCUCUCACCUCCCUUAAACGUGCCUGGAGUUGAGUGGCAUUCAUCAUCCGAACCAGAUGAUGAUACGGGGGCACUGUUCACAAUGAAGCGGUCAUCAACAUUGGAUGUGGCCAAAGGACGUCCACUUCUUUGCCUUUCUGUGACUCUUCCAGUCUCUCUGUGUCUCUCUUGCAACCUGCUGAUGACACUCUAAGCUCAGUGGCAACUUCCCUCUGAGAACAUCCUGUUUGAGGCCUCGCAAUGGCCAGGUACUGUUGAUCAUUUGUUAGGUGUCAUCUUGAUCUCAUGAUGCCAAAAGGUGAACAGCAUAAUGAAGAGGACUGUUUAAAUACAAAUUGUAGUUGAACCAAAACAUUUAGUGGUCGAUUCCUGGAUCAGACACUUGUGAUUUUUGCAGUUAAUUACCUUGUUAGAGAACAGCAUAUGCAAAAAGUACUGAAACACUGAACAGUUGGACAUGUGCAUUCAAAAGUUUAGAGAAAGCCAAAUUAAGUUCACCUGUAAAGGUUAUAGUGCAUUCUGAAAUUUCACCCGAAAGUUAAAUAUCCCUAACUUUUUAUGAGUAGUGUAAAUUAACAAAUGUUAAUGUUUGGCAGAAUGAGUGAGUCAGCAUAAAGCUGUCCAUUAGUAAACUUUAUGUCUUUAGAAGUUCAACUCUCAGUAACAGUGGUGCACUGUGAUCACCACUGUCAUUUUCAGAGAGUUACAUUCUAGGGAUGGGGUCUAACAUCUGGUCAGGUUAGAGGGGAGGGUCCUCCAGUUGCCACUAUAAAUGUAAAGGUAAAUGUAUUCCUGUUGUAUGUGUGUAAAAAAAAAAAAAAAAAAAGACCUGUAAAACUGUAAAAUUCUUAUGGGCUGGAGAUCCAUCAUCGCAUGCUUAUAUACAACACACAUGUCUUUGGACUUUGGGAGGAAGCCGUAGUACCCAGAAAGAACCCAAGCAAGCACAGGGGGAACAUGCAAACUACAUGUAGAAAUACUAUGCUCUCUAAUAAGUAAUCAUGGCAUAAUGUAUUUCACAAUUUAGAUGUGCUGCAUAUGUAAAUAUUAUGAUUACUAUUAUUUUCCUUGUAACAAAAAAUACACGCACGCGUAUAUGUGAAGUGAAGAUUUUAUUUUGCGUUUUUAAAUGGAAAUGUUAGACACCGCAGUGACUGUCACUCAUAUAAUACAGCGAUGUAUUUAUUAAAGUAAUUCCUCAACAAACUGCUCACAUGGUGGAAAUCUGCUGUGGAUGUGUUCUCGCCUUUGGUGGUGCUGCGCACGGCUUCUGGGAAAUGUAGUUCCGUGUCCGCCCCCAAUGUUCUUUCAAUAUUUCGGUGACGUUUGCGCAACGUGAUAUCAUGCGCUGAAAAUCGCUGUUUAAUAGCAACUUCCGCUUCUUCUCUGUAGCGAAGUGACAACGGAAACGUUAUCCAAAGGUUUAGUAAGGUUUUCGGGAACGUUUCGACGGUUCACAUCGUGAGGGAGGGGAAAAAAAAACUUAAAUGGAGAAUGAUAAUGGAGAUAAUUACGACUGGUCGAUGGAAAGACGAGUGGAGGGUUUGGUGAACAAACAUAUGGCGGACAUCGCUCUGGAAACCCUACAGCAGCGGCUGACCGCUGUGUCCGACGAGAUGCACACUCUGGCUGAACACGUCUCCAGGCGCUCAGGUGAGGAGUUCAAAGACGAGCCGCGGAGAGGGGACGUCAGCUUCGGCAUGGAGCCGCAGCUGUCCUCCGCCAGCAGCUCUGGAGCCGCCGACAAGUUCAUCUCCGCCUCAUCCACAGAGGCUGCAGCUCAGCGGAAGAUCAUCACCCUACUGGUGGAGAUCAAAGAGGAGCAGCAGAGGCAGUGGGCGGUGCUGAGGGAUCUUCAGGCCCGACUGCAGGGUCAGACCAGCUACGAGGAGGAGGACGUGGAGGCCCUGGAUAUGGAUCUCCCCCUGAGGACCCUGGAGCAGCUGGAUGAGAUUGAGAGACGGCUGGAGGAGCCAGGAACACAGAAGAGAAUGGUGUCUUACCUGUCCCGGAUGGGCGGGGCUACAGUCGAUGAUGCAGUGAGGCGGCUUAUGCAAGCCGUGCUUUCAUUUGCUGUUGGCUCUGAGCUAAAUUGGGUGGGCCGUGGACAGAAGAGGAGCUUCAGGAACACUCGCCUCCAGGGGGUCCUCUUCCGUGCUCUGAAACGCACACCGGUAGGUAAGGAGGCCACACAUCACCAGUACGCUGACGUGGUGAAGAAAUGGCUGCGGUUCGCCCCGUUCAGACAGGGAGGGACCGGCCGUCGCUGCUGCAAACCUCCAGUGGAGUUUCCAGAUUCUGAGGAAAGUGACAGUUUUAACCAGAACUGCACACACUGAUAUUUAUCUCACUCAUUUUCCCAAGGGUUUCCAUUCCAGGACAAACUAUCCACAUGUGAACAAAUCCACACUGUGCAUGAAAAGAUUGCUGUUUUGAUAGCAAUGUUAUUGUUAUUUCUGCUCUUGAAGAUACUUGCAUACUGUAUUUCUGCCUUUCUGUUCUUUUCCUUCCUUCCAAAGUGCUAACAGUUCAAAUAUAUCCUUUUGAAUGAGCUGAGAGAGGAGAGAGUUUCAUGUGUUUCAGUGAGCUGUGUUAGGGAAAGUAAAGCUGACGACAGUGUGCCUUCAGGAACUUUACUUUAAAAAGGGAAUCAUUUAUCAGGAUACAGCCGUCUCUCUUUCAAUCAGUGCACAUUAGUCCCAGUUGUUUAUAAACAGACAUACAGUAUUGUGACUUGGAAAUUAAACCAUCCAGGAUAAUGUUUUUUCCUGUAUAUUAAAACAUUGUGGGUUUUUUUUAAAUCUUAUUGCCAAACACAGCUUUGUGACUCCACAGAGAGAUAGAAGUGGAGUGUUCUGCAGUGGAUGUGUUUAUACUGUAGGGGGCGAUAUAAUCAAAGCAUUUGCCUUAACAUCCAAUGGCCCUUUUGGCCUCUUGAGUCAUGUUUCUCAUCCUGAAGCUAAGAACAGGCUUUUUUUUCUGUCAGCCUUUUCAUGUCCUGUUUUAAAAUCAGACCAGUAAUGUAAAACUUUACGUAAAACCUUACAUAUGAACCAGAAAAAAAAAAGAAUCACCACUAAGUCCAAAUGAAACUUAAACUUUUAUGUUUCAUGGAUUGGUUUAUAUUUUGUUUCAACUUUGAUUAAAUUAUUUUUUUUAAAAGAUACCAGGAAAGGUGCAUACUAAUUAUUUUUUAAUAACCUUGCAACACAGGUAAAUGUAAAUAUGCACAUAUGCCAAGAAUACAUUCAAUGGAAUCACCUUUGAAAGGCUUCAAGGCACGUUUAUCACCAAGUAAGAUGCUGCCUACAAAUCUCACCUUUGCCGCUAUAACACAACAUAGUAACUUUCUUAAUAAAGAAAAUGUAGAAUUUGUAUAUUAUAUAUAUUAUUCAUGAUUGUUACACAAUGGAUAUGUGUAGCUGCAGUUUUUGUUAUUUGUUGUAAUCAUGAAUCUUUGACAGUUUCUUUAAGAGCUUGUAAACGUAACUUCAGUGAGUUAGCUUGUAGGUUGCUGAAGAGAAAAAUGAUUUACCUUGGACAAUCAGUGCCAUAAUCAUACAAUGAUUAUAGCAGUAUAUAACAUAAUAUAUAUAUAGCAGUACACAGACAAUGAUAGUGAUAAUUAAAUAAUGUAAAUACAAAGUAGUCGAGAGUUUCGGUGAUUUAAUUUUGGACAAACUGUACUUUUGUUAUUUUUUUGUAAUGUAUGUUAAACCAUGUAAAAUACAGCUCUUAAUGAUGUGCUUCAGUUUUAAGAUUCUUAGUGUAUAUUCAUCACUUUCAGUUGUCCUGUGAAAUCAUUCUUAAAAAUAAUAAUAAUUCUUAAUUUCACAGUGAAGAAAACCACCUGAGUAUAUGUCUUUUUCAGUAUAAACCUAUCUGAACUACA